CGCGCGGACCACUGAAGCAAGCACGACGGCGAUGAGCAGCAGCGUGUUGUUUCGAUCCGAUGGUAGCUCCGCUGCGCUGCCAGGCAGCUCCACUGCACGCACAAACCCGCUCGGCCCAAACACUAGACAAGACGUGGACGUGAUUGUCGUUGGUGGUGGGAUCUCUGGGCUGACUGCAGCGUAUGAGUUGGAAAAGGAUGGGCUGUCAGUGCUUGUGCUUGAAGCCAAGGAGCGCGUUGGCGGACGCACACUGACCACCACGAUCGAGGGCCACACAGGCAUCGUCGCCUGCGAUGUCGGCGGACAAUGGAUCUCCCAUUCGCAGCCAAACGCGCUUGCGUUGGUGAAAGAGCUGGGAAUUGAGUACUAUCCCCAGUACCACAAAGGUCGCAACCUCAUGCAGCUGAAAGACAGCAGACCAGCAUCCUAUGAAGGCAACAUCCCGUUCUGCCUCGGCGUGCUGACGUCCAUUAGCCUCGGCGCUCUCAUGGCCUGGUUUGAGUACUUGAUUGGACAGCCACUUCCAGACUCAACUGAGCGCGAUCCUCACGUGUUUGAUCGCAUGUCCAUCGGCCAAGUUGCCCGGCAUUAUUCUCUGAGCGACAACGUCAGCCAAGCCUUUCGCAUGAUGACUCGCGUUGUGUUUGGCUCCGAGCCCGAGCGCGUGUCCAUGAUGUACUUCCUGCACUACGCAAAGUGUGCCGGCACGCUCGACCGCCUGCUCGAUGCCGGCGAGAACGGUGGCCAGGAGCUUCGCCUCGCUGGUGGCGCGCAGCAAAUCUCCACAAAACUUGCUCAAGUGCGUGUGCGUGCAUGUGCGUGCAUGUACGUGCGUGUGCGUGCAUUCGUAGUGAUCACUAGAGUUUUUGCCACAUUGAUGGCAUCAAUCUCACGCGCGAGCACCUCCGCCCCAACACACACACACACACACACACACACACACACACACACACACACACACACACACACACACACACACACACACACACACACACACACACACACACACCAGGCUGCCAGCAGUGAUGGCGUGCUGUGCUGUGUCCUUGACUGCACAUUCCCCAACGAUGAAGCUUACGGGCUCGUGGGUUUCAUUGGCGGAGAUGAUGCCGUGUACUGGAGCGCGCGAACGCAGGCUGAGCGCCGAGCUGCAGUUGUUGCUGCUCUGGUGUCCAUGUUUGGGCCGGAAGCCGACUCGUUCAUCUCUUACAUUGACAAGGAUUGGAGCGAGGAGCCGUACAACGGCGGCUGCCCCGUGGCCGCCAUGCCACCAGGUGUGUGGACCAUGUGGGGUGGACGGCUGAGCGAUCCAGAGGGGCGCGUGCACUUUGCAGGCACGGAGACAGCCACGCAAUGGUGUGGCUACAUGGACGCACAAGCUACAGAACCACGGUCAAAGCAAGCCAGAAAAGCAAGCCAGAGCACUUGUCUCUCAACAAGCAAGCAAGAGAAGCAAGCCAAGAAGAAGUUCCUAUCGUCGACCAGCCGACUUCGUUUCUUUCUCUCCUUCUCUCAGGACAUCUUCACAACCACUCGAGACGCAAAGAAGAUGCCAGCCAUCGGAAUUGAUCUGGGCACGACGUACUCGUGCGUCGGCGUGUUCCAGCACGGCAAGGUUGAAAUUAUCGCCAACGACCAGGGCAACCGCACCACGCCCAGCUAUAUUGCCUUCACGGACUCUGAGCGCCUGAUUGGCGACCCAGCCAAGAACCAGGUGGCCAUGAACCCAAGCAACACCGUCUUCGACGCCAAGCGCCUCAUCGGCCGCAAGUUCAACGAGUCAGCGGUGCAGAGCGACAUGAAGCACUGGCCCUUCACCGUCGUCGAGGUCGAAGGCCGCCCCAAGAUCCAGGUCGAGUACAUGGGCGAGACAAAGCAGUUCUUCCCCGAGGAGAUCUCCUCCAUGGUCCUCGUCAAAAUGAAGGAGAUUGCAGAAGCCUACCUCGGCUCCGACAUCAAGGACGUCGUCGUUACCGUCCCCGCCUACUUCAACGACUCCCAGCGCCAGGCCACCAAGGACGCAGGCACCAUUGCCGGCCUCAACGUCCUCCGCAUCAUCAACGAGCCCACGGCCGCCGCCAUCGCCUACGGUCUCGACAAGAAGGGCCAGAAGGAGGCCCACGUCCUCAUCUUCGAUCUCGGUGGCGGCACCUUCGAUGUGUCCGUCCUGUCCAUCGACGACGGCAUCUUCGAGGUCAAGUCCACUGCCGGUGACACCCACCUUGGCGGCGAGGACUUUGACAACCGCAUGGUCAACCACUUUGUGACCGAGUUCAAGCGCAAGCACAAGAAGGACCUCACCUCCAACAAGCGCGCCCUGCGCCGUCUCCGCACCGCCUGCGAGCGCGCCAAGCGCACCCUCUCGGCCUCCACCCAGGCCAACAUUGAGAUUGACUCGCUCUUCGAGGGCGUCGACUUCUACACAUCCAUCACCCGCGCCCGCUUCGAGGACCUGUGCGCCGACCUCUUCCGCGGCACCCUCGAGCCCGUCGAGAAGGCUCUGCGCGACGCCAAGCUCGGCAAGGGCGAGAUUGACGAAGUCGUCCUCGUUGGCGGCUCCACCCGCAUCCCCAAGAUCCAGAAGCUGCUGCAGGACUUCUUCAACGGCAAGGACCUGAACAAGAGCAUCAACCCCGACGAGGCCGUCGCCUACGGUGCCGCCGUCCAGGCCGCCAUCCUCUCCGGCGACAAGUCCGAGGAGGUGCAGGACCUCCUCCUGCUCGAUGUCGCCCCGCUCUCCCUCGGCCUGGAGACGGCCGGCGGUGUCAUGACGCCGCUCAUCAAGCGCAACACCACCAUCCCCACCAAGACCUCCCAGACCUUCACCACCUACUCCGACAACCAGCCCGGUGUGCUGAUCCAGGUGUACGAGGGCGAACGCACCAUGACCAAGGACAACAACCUCCUCGGCAAGUUUGAGCUGUCCGGCAUUGCCCCCGCCCCACGCGGCGUGCCCCAGAUUGAGGUCACCUUCGACAUUGACGCCAACGGCAUCCUGAACGUGUCUGCGCAGGACAAGGCCUCUGGCAAGUCGAACAAGAUCACCAUCACCAACGACAAGGGCCGCCUGUCCAAGGACGAGAUUGAGCGCAUGGUGCAGGAGGCCGAGAAGUACAAGGCCCAGGAUGAGGCCAUGAAGGAGAAGGUCAACGCCAAAAACGGCCUCGAGUCGUACGCCUUCAACCUCAAGUCCACCGUCGACGAGGACAAGCUCAAGGACAAGAUCAGCGACGACGACAAGAACACCAUCAAGUCCAAGUGCGACGAGGUCCUCGCCUGGAUCGACGCCAACCCGUCUGCGGAGAAGGACGAGAUUGAGCACCAGCAGAAGGAGCUCGAGGGCGUUGCCAACCCCAUCAUGAGCAAGCUGUAUGCCGAGGGUGGUGCUCCUGGCGGCGGUAUGCCUGGUGGCAUGCCCAACCAGGGUGGCCCACCACCUUCCACGGACCAGACCUCUGGCCCCACCAUCGACGAGGUCGACUAAACGAAACGAAACCGGCCAGCCAGCCCUUGUGGUUUUGGUUGCUCACCCGUGCAUGUCAUGCCCACAUCGCUCUUGGUUCCUUUUCUAUUCGUGCCCUUAAUCGCUUCUCUGUUUGCAUAUGGCUGGGGUCUCAGCCUUGUGGCCCCAUUGCCUACCGUCACAUUCACUGCCGACUCUUACGUUUCCAUCUUCCUCUAUUCCCUGCAUUGCUGCUGCGUGGCAUCUGCUCUCUUACCCCAUCCGUGAGUGUAUUUCCUUUGUGUGAGUAGGGUAUUGUGGAUGGGUGGGUGUAUGUUCUUAUGUUGUGUGUGUGCGUGUCUGUUGAGCCUAAUAUAUAAGUCCUCGA